AUGCAACUCAGACACGUCAUCCUUCUCGCUCUCGCAUCCCUCAUCACAGCAACCUUCGACUUUGGCAACGCAGAAACAUCAACACUCUCAACAGCAACAAGCCAAACAAAGAAGGGCUCUAAAACCGCAACCUCAGAAGCAUCACUAGGCACGGGCAACGCAACUAAAGGAAAUGGCACAAACUCAGUAGUCACAACACCGACUGCCUCAGCUAGGGCAAGCGCAGGAAAAGGGAAUAGCACCAGUGGUGGAAAAGCAACAGGAAGUUCUGGGACUGCGAAACCAACUGGAGGAAGAGGAAACUCGACGGCGCCAAUACCGAGUUUGAACGGAGCCGGUGUCGUACAGAGCGGUGGACUCGUGACGUUGCUGGGACUGGGUAUGGGAUUCGUGUUGUUCUUGUAG